AUGACUACACUUUCAUCCAAGUUCAUCAUCAGCGCGAUCAGCCAACAUCUUUUGUUGAAACCGAAAAUUUCAAUCAUGCCAUCUUUCUUAAUUACUGGUGCCAGCCGAGGCCUUGGAUAUGCUUGGGUCAAGCACUUGUCAACCGACAGCAACAACAUUGUCAUUGGCCUCGUACGCAAUAAACCAGCCACAGAGGAACGCCUCGCCGCUGAUAACAUUACCAAUGUGCAUCUGGUGACUGCGGAUAUCACCGACUUCAGUGCCCUUCAAGAAGCUGCAAGUUUGGUCUCCGGUAUUACCAGCGGCCGCCUGGAUGUCCUGAUCAACAAUGCGGCUCUUGUGAGCAGCCCUAUCUCCCGCUUCGGCAGUGUCACCGAGCUAUCGCCUGAGGUUCUCGAGAAGGAAUUUCUUGAAACGUUUAAGACUAACGUCAUUGGUGUGGCGCACACCAUUAAUGCCUUCCUUCCCCUUAUCAGGAAGGGUGACCUAAAAAAGGUCGUCACUGUCUCGUCCGGGCUGGCUGACCAGGACAUCGUCGUUCGUUUUGGCCUGAGUACUUCUACGCCCUACUCUGUUGCUAAGGCUGGAGUCAAUAUGCUGAUGGCGAAGUACCACACCGCCGUUGGUGAGGCGGAGGGAAUUACUUUUAUGGCUAUCAGUCCCGGUGUCGUGCAGACGAGGAAGCCUGAACAGACCCCUGACCAUAUCAAGGGACGUCAAAUCAAAGAAAGCAAGUUCAGGGAGUAUGCCCCUGAUUGGAAAGGCCCGGUUACGGCAGAGGAGAGCGUGAAGUUGCAGUAUGAUGUUGUCCAAAAGGCAACGGUGGACACCUAUGGCGGUUCAUUCGUCAGCCAGUAUGGAAACAAGCAGUGGCUGUAA